AUGCUAGUAUCCACACAAGCCAGCGUUCAUCAGCAUCAUCCUUUCAAGACGGUGAUGGUGAGGAUGAUGAUGAGCCAAACAAUGAGCACCAGUGGUCUACAUUUCCUGAAAAAUCCAUGGAAACCAAAGCCAACACAAGCAAUUCAUUCAAGGAAUACGGCAAUAAGAGCUGCAAGUGUGAGAAGCCUAAAUCGAAAGCCGCUGCAGAAAGGGAGAAACCUCAGCAUCGAAGCCAUCCAAACGAUACAAGCCUUAAAACUAGCUUACAAGAACGACAAGUCGCUGCUCGACCAAGUCUUCCAUUCUAAAUUCAACCGAUUGUUGAAGUUCGAUAUGACUGCCGUUCUUCGCGAACUCCUCCGCCAGAACCACUGCCUUUUGGCUCUCAAGGUUUUUGAAGACAUUCGAGAGGAGCACUGGUACAAGCCACAGGUGUUGUUGUAUAAUGAGAUGAUAGCAGUAAUGGCUACCAAUGGAUUCAUUGAAGAGGUUCAACUUCUUUUUAGGUAUUUGGAGAGUGAAAUUAGUGGUGAUUUACCGUUUAAAACUGAUGAUUUUAAUCAACUGUUGGCAACUUUGAUUAGUUUUAAGCUGAGUACUGGACUUGUUAUGGAGUGCUAUGAAUCGAUGAAGUCUGCAGGAUGUGAACCUGAUAGAUCUACGUUUAAAUUACUUGUGCAUAGUCUGGAAUCGAUUGGUGAAUUCGAGGUUUCGGGUAUUGUAAGGCAGGACGCUUACAAGUGUUAUGGUGAGUCCCUCGAUUUUGAGGCGGAGGAGGAAGAGAUAGCAACUUGA